AGUGGUUUUAAAAAUAAAAAAACAUGGCUGCGCCCUUAGUAAUCUUAAAAAGAACUAAUUGUCGGCGUAUUAAACAAGUUAUUUUAUUUUCAUAUUCACUCAAAAAUUAUUCUACUGAGACAAUUAAAUCUAUCCUUCAAGGACAGAAUAAUAGAACUAAUCUUUCUUUUAAGGUAUGUUUAUUAAAUUUUGGUAUCAAAAGUGAGAGGUUGGGUUUAUUAAAAAAAUAUUUCAAAUAUUAUUGUUAAGUUUGUAAGAUAAAAUUUGGUAUCCAAUGAAAGAUAAAUUGAAUGGACCAUAUGUUUGUAAAACUAAUUCUUCAGUUUAACUAAAAUAAACUACCACAAAUGACAUCCGAAUAGAAUUUAUUCUAAUGGGCCCCGGGUGCUAAUAGUGGCGAUGCAUGUCCGGUUCCAUUUUGACUCGUUUCAUAAUGCAGGUAGCUCCGAUAUAGAGUUCACAUCCUCCGCUAGGAAUCUUGGUUACAUUCUUUCUGACAAUAAGUCUCUCAAUAAUCAUAUUUCUCAAAUCUCUUGCUCUGCAUACACCGCUAUACGUCAGAUCAGCUCCAUCCGCCACUACCUCACAGUCAGCGCAACAAAAACACUAGUCUGUGCUCUUGUUCUAGCUCAUCUUGACUAUUGUAACUCUCUUCAGUCAGGUUCACCAAAAUAUUUCAUAGAAAAACAGCAGAAAGUUCAAAAAUCAGUUGCUAGGUUACUUCUUAAGUUUUAAGGCAAAGAAAUGUGAUCACGUCAUUCCACUACUUCACUCACUUCAUUGGCUCCCCAUGCAGGCACGCAUUGAUUACAAGCUGUCUGUUCUUUGCUACAACUUUUUCUCUGGUUCCUGUCCUUCCUAUCUUACUGAAUUCUUACUGUCUAUUCACCCCUUUGAAAACAUCGUUCCUCCGCAGACACGCAUAUUCUUUCUGUUCCAGAACACACUCUAAAACAUAUGGUGAAUGAUCUUUCUCUAUCUACGCCCCCAAACAAUGGCAUUCUCUCCCACUACACAUCCGCAAUAUACCGACCAUACAGGCCUUCAAAACUGCACUCAAAACACAUCUCUUUUAAACUCUACUAUCCUGACUGGUAACACCCCCCCCCCCCACCCUUUUCCCCCAUUGCAGAUAAACGAUGCUGCUGGUUGUUGUCCAUGGCUUAACAUUUAAAAGUUUCCCCCCCCCCCCACCCUUUUCCCCCAUUGCAGAUAAACGAUGCUGCUGGUUGUUGUCCAUGGCUUAACAUUUAAAAGUUUUGGGGUGGGUGGUGUAAAUAUACAUUUGUUUUUGUUUUGGUUUUGUUGUUAUAUAGCUGUUUUUUUAUUAAUUAAAUGUAUGUUAUUUUUUUAAUGUCAUGAUUAUGUUUGCUAAUAUUUUUAUGUACAGAGCGGUAAGCCUAGCCCUAGGCUGGGGUACACUGUAUAAAACCACUAAUAAUAAUAAUAUUUUUCACACUGGAUUUGGCUGAAAAAUGUGUAAAAUACACCAACUAUUCAUCUACAAUGGGACCUUCUAAACUUUCCAUCAGUAGCGGUUGGUUGAUAUUGCAACAGAUGAAUGUUACACAUUUCUAGGACAACUAGUGUGCAUGUCAAGUGUACAAAAAAUACUGGUCAACUUAUAUAAUCUAUCAUGAAUUUUGGGCUAAUGCUUUAUGCCCAAAAACAAAAUUAUCCAAAUAUUGUCAUAUCAGAUAUUGAAAUCAUACAAUUCAUUCAUAUUGACCAGUUGAUAAAUGGAUAUCACACUAAGAAAAGAUAACAGCCUGAGACUAAUCCUUUUUUCCAUUUUGUUGAUAUUGCCAGCUAUAAUAUAAUCAUGACUAUUGAAAAGAAAAUACUGAUAUAGAUGAACUAUGCCGUCUAAUAUUUAGCUCUCAAUUGCCUUCACAGAGGAAAUUAUUUGAGCAUUAGGAGAUUUACUAAACUGAUAAUGUUCCAUUUGCCUCAAAUGUGAAUAACACCAAACAAAAAACAAAAUCAAAAGUAGCACAUGCGACACUUACCUUUUUUUUUAAUAAUAAGAAACUGUCCGAGUACCAUGAAGUUUAAAUUGUCUACUAAUAUGAUUUUUAAUCUGUAAAUAACUUUAAAAAGGCAAAAAUAAUAAUAACCAGCAAUUUUUGUGAAUACUUUGUGGAGCGUUGGGAAUUAAAUCUUUAAAAAUUAUUUUACCUUUUUGACAAAUUUUACAGAAUAUUUUAUAUUUUGGUCAAAUGCUCAUAAAAUGUUCUAAAUUAUGCAUAAGUCAUACAAAAAUGAUUUUUAAUUCUGAAUAAACAGCUUUUUUUUUAGGAAUGCCAUGUAGUUUGUUUUUUCUUUCUUUGCAUCUGAUCACCAAAACAAUUUAUUAUACAUUUUCAUUAAAAAAAAAAUGAUGCAUUAUUUUUCUCACAACUUCUAAGUGUUGAACUUAUAUGUUAGAAACAAACAUCUCUAUAAGCCUCAUGCAUUUCCCCACAAUUGGAUAUAUAACAUAAUGAACUUUAGACAUGGAUUCUAAAUGUUAUUGACACCUUUGUAAGGUCAUUAGAAAUCUCAAGAAAAACAUAAAAAUUAAAGGAAUGUUAAGAGUUAACAUUCUUAUUGCCUUAUGGUCGUUAAAAAUUAUUUAUAAAAAAUUAAUUUUACUUCAGGGUUGGGUAAAGAAUGUUCAACGCCACAAAGGUGUGACAUUCCUUCAUGUGAAUGAUGGAUCUGGGCCACAACAUAUUCAAGUUGUCAUUCCACAAGAUCUUGCUGAUGAUCUGCAAGUAACAUUUGGAAGUUGUGUUAAAGUUAAUGGCAGCCUGCAAGAAAGCAUCGGGAAGGGCCAAAGUGUUGAAGUAUUAACAAAUUCUUGUGAAGUCAUUGGUCCUUGUAAUGUGAAUGUAAGUAUCUCUUUUGGACACAUAAAUGAUGCAUUCAUCACCAAAAAAGUACUUACUGAAUUUUUUUAUAUAAUUUUUCUAUCAAGCUAAUUAUAUAUCUUUAUAUAAUUAGCUCUUGGCUUUUAUUUUCGUGAUUAUGAAAAUCUUUCAAAUUUUAUUGUGGCUCACUAACGUAAUAGGAGAGAAUGAAUUUAAAAUUUAAAUAAUUGGAAGCAACGAAAAUUUUUGCUGUAAGGAACUUCAGACUGUCAUAUAGUUUGAAUAAAGUUUUUUACAUUGAAAUUUUUAAAAUGUGCUAAUUAAAUAUUGCCUUAAUGACAUUGAAAGGAAAAUUUUUAAACUAUUUUUUAUAAAAAAUAUAGUCAAAUUUAAAAUAAAAACUAUUUUAAAUAGAUCUUGAGUUGUUUUUUUUAUCCAUUGCCCAUCAUAAAGUUCUUCACCAUUCCUCCUUAAGGGCCAUAAGCUAUUCAGCAUAUCAUUUUGUUAUGGCUUUUUUUUUUUUUGUUGAUGUUGUUGCAGGAAUACCCUCUAAAACAAAGAACAAGGCACCCAGCUAUAUACACCAGAGACUUUCUCCACCUCAGACCUAAAACAAACAUUUUUUCUGCUUUGUUAAGAAUUAGAAAUGUUGCAUCUAUGGCUGUGCAUACGUUUUUUCAGGUAAUAAGGUCAUGUAUAGUGUACCAAGGUAAAAAGUUUAAGCAUCUGAAUCAUUGACCAGUUUUACUUUGUUUAAUGAUUUCAUUUCUCAUUCUAAAGGAUUCUCAAUUUAAAAAAAGGAAUUAUUUAUUUUCAUUUACUUGAGUGUCUCUCUCCAUGUCAUUCCUAUUGCCUGAGACUUAGUCAGGGUAUUUUAGUGAUGUGUCUCAUCAUUUCUUUCACCAACACUCAAUUUUUUGACACUGUUUUUUUAUAACUUAAGUCUUGAUCAUUUUCAGUUAAUUUUCUUAUGAAUAGAAAAAAAAACGUCAUGCCACACUGUUUUUAUAGUUAAGCUUCAUUAGAGAUUAAAAAAUAAAAUAAUUAUAGACUGCUUUAUCUGCUUUCAACUUUUUGUCUGCUAUACAGAAUUUUAACCAUGUAAAUAGAAAAGUGAAGCUUAAAUAAGCAGUUCUUAACCUUAAAAUGCCAUAAAAACUCUUUUUUCAUCCAUUUUUUUUCCUUUUCAUCACAUAACUACCAAAACACACUGAUGCACAUUGUUUGUAAACCACAGCAAUAGAUCAUUGGAGUUAUUAAUUUGCAAAGAAGUUUUUCAGCCCCUUAGUGUUAUAUUUCAAACUUCAUACCUAAAACAGCUAUUUUGCUUUUGAUAUAUACCAGAAAAAAAUAAUUUUAUAAUGUGUAAUUUUAUUCCUCAGCAAGAAGGUUAUUUAUUUAUUCAUACUCCAAUCUUAACAUCCAGUGAUUGCGAAGGGGCAUGUGAAGUUUUCAAAGCAGAGGUAACUAUUUUAUCAAAUUAAUGUUCUCUUGAUAGGGGAAUUGAUUGUGCUUACUUUUAAUUUAUAGAUAUGUUUUUACAAAUACAAACAUAUUGAAUAUAGAUAUAUAAGUAUAUAUAAUAUAUAUUUAUACAUAUAGAUAUAUACAUAUAUAUAUAUAUAUAUAUAUAUAUAUUUAUAUAUAUAUUUAUAUAUACAUAUAUAUAUAUAUAUAUAGUGUUUGUUUUUUAAAAGUUUAUACUGCAAAUAUGAUUUUGUUUGACAUAUAAUUAUUUGUUCCAUAAAAUGUUGAUUAAAAAUGUCCUGGUUUUAUAAUUGGUGGCUGUAAAUGUUGAGAUUAAGACCUAGUAUUAGAGAGACAAAUCUGUAGUUAAAAUAUUUUUUCUCAAUGCAACUGUUCAGCCCCUCAAAUCAGAUAUCUUAUCGGCACUUGACAGCGAUACAGAUGAUGAUUUUGGAAAAGCCCCAAAGGAUGACAAAACUAAAGAUGAAAUUUCACGGCCCAGCUUUUUUUUCAAGCAGCCAGCAUAUCUAACAGUGUCAGGGCAACUUCACCUUGAAAUUAUGACAGGGUAUGUAAAAUUUAUCACAUUUUCCAGCAGUGUAUAUUUUAAAAAAAAUUAAAAUUCCUAAAGUGACUCUCUUACAUUUAUGUUCAUUAUAGCAAACUGGCCCAGAGUUAAAAGGAAAAAUUUUUAAUUUUGGUCUUUGUUCUUUUUCAUUUAACAUUUGAUUGGAACAGACUAUAUUAAAUUUGUCCAUGGAACCAAAAUUAUCAGUAAUUCCAUUGGUUAAACAUAAGACUCUAAAUGAGUUUUAAAAAAUAUUGCCUAUUGAAGGAGGGGUUGGGGGGGGGGGGGGUAAAAAACUUUUAAUUAAAAGUUAAAAAAAAAUUUUUUUUAAAUUAUCAGUAAUUCCAUUGGUUAAACAUAAGACUCUAAAUGAGUUUUAAAAAAUAUUGCCUAUUGAAGGAGGGGUUGGGGGGAGGGGGGAUAAAAACCUUUCAAUUAAAUGUAAAAACAUAAUUUUUUUAAAUGCCAGUAAAGUGUUUUUAUAUUUUUAUUUUUAGGGCAUUCAAAAAAGUGUACAACUUUGGUCCAACUUUUCGAGCAGAAAAUUCUAGAGGCAGUUUUCAUCUUUCUGAGUUUUAUAUGGUAGAGGCGGAAUUAGCUUUUAUAGAGUCUAUGGAUGAUUUGUCAGAGGUUUGUACAUCAGUCAAAAUGAACUUCAACUACCUUAUGAUUUUAUGCUUGAUUUUGAAUUGGCUAAGUUAAAAAAAAAGUCAUUUAAAAAUAAUUCUGUAAGUGUAAACUUCAAAAAAGUAACACUAGAUUUCUCAACUAAGUUCUCAAAUAGGACUGGGCAGCAAAGCUCAAAAUAGAGACCGUAAAACCUUGUUUUUUAAAUGUCAGUUUUAAUGUGGUUUCACUUAUAAUUUUGCAAAGAAUUUGUUAAAUGUGAAAGUGUUAUCUUAUUUUAAAUUAAAUUUUUUUUUUUUGUUUAGUUUUUAAAUUUUUUCUUGUGUGGUGGUGAAAAGCAAUGUGGUCAGUGGUUAUCAGAGUAGGCAAAAUUUACACCCAAAGUUGAUAAGAUAACAAAUUAGUGGAAGUGAUUAUUUCAAUAAAAAUUAUUAUCUUCAGUUUAUUUCUUUAGGUGAUGGAGAAACUGGUCAAGUUUGUGUAUAAAACAGUUUGGGAUUCCUGUCCUGAAGAUGUUUCUCUUUUUUCAAAUUUUGUUGCAAGUCCACACUAUAAGGUGGGUAUGUUUACCUUAUAACUUUAAAUGAACAGUUGUCACCAUUUCUUAUAGACCCAUAAUUUUAUCAGCCUGAAAUGAAAAAGCUUUCUUGUUUUUUUAUUUUUUGCUCUUGUUGCUCUUUUUUAAAAAAUUUACUUAUUAUUAUUUUUCUUUAAAAAUUAUUUCUUAGGAAAGAACAAGAAAAAUGAUGGAAUCUGAUUUUCAAAGGUAAUUUUGUAAAAAAAAAACUGAUGGCCCAUUUGAAAUUGAAUUGACAGUUUAUCUAAAAUGAUUUUUACAUAUCAAUCAGUCAAAAUCAAUAUAUUUUUUUCAUCCAUAAUAUAUUACUUUAUUGAAUUAAUGUAAUUUUAAAAUAAUUGAUUGCAAAAUGCCUUAUGUUUUAUUUUACUACCUUAUCAUGAGUUAACAGGAAAGUGGUGAGGCUGGAUCCUCAUUCCACCACUUUAUUUAUUGCUAAGUGUUUUAUAUAUCUGAUAGCUAAAGAAUUUUAAGGGUAUUUCAUUAUGUCACCACCUGCUAUCUCCAGGAUGACGUACACUGAUGCCAUUGAUGUUUUGUCAAAAUCGGGAGAACUUUUUAAAUACAAACCCCAUGUAAGUACAUUCCCAUAGUGCCCUCGUUUCUAACCAGCACACAAACCCAGUUCAGGUUGAUACUUCUUCUCUGUGGCUUAUAGCCUGAGAAUGACCUUGCUGACCUCCCAGUAUUUCCAGGGGCACAGUUAAAUCCCCCUCCCCCCCCUCCUCCCCCUCUAAUCGUUUGUUCCAUGUUUUAAACAUUGUUUAGCAGAACAAGUAUAAUUUUUAGUAACAGUUUAGUGGUUGAUAGAAAGCCAAGGGCUUGAGGUUUCUCUGGAAAGGGGGGGGGGGGUAACUAAACCUGAGGGUUUAUUUAAACCCUGUGGGUUUGGAAAGUUGAAUAAGCUAAGAUUGAAAAUUUAUUCACACCAAGCCUGGAAAGUUUUGGCAGCAUAGGCAGAGAGCCCCUCUGUGUAAAACAAGGGAUGAACCAACAUGUGUAACCCUAUUCAUGAAUCGUAUAUCCUUAUUCAUAUAAUGGAAUAAGUGCUUGCGAUACAUUAUUAAUGGAAAAAAUCCAGAUAAUCUAAAGAAGAAAAAAAUACUUGAAAAAAAACAGCAACAGAAAUGUGACUUUUUUUUAAAGGUGUUAAUUAAAAAUGAUUUUUUUGUAUUGUAAUUCUAAUAUUGUACCAUUUGCUGUUAAAAAUAUUACAUUCUCUCUAUAUUUCUAGUGGGGAUGUGACUUGAAGAAAGAACACGAGAUGUAUCUUACCAAAGUUGUUAAUGAUCGACCUGUAUUUAUCACAGACUACCCAGCUGAUAUAAAGCCUUUCUAUGCAAGAAGAAACAAUGAUGGAUUAACUGUAAGUGGAAUCAUUUACUCACUUUAUAUCUGAAGACUUGUGUGCAGUUAAAUAUUUGUCAAAAUGAAGCUUAAGGCUCUUUGGUCACUGCCAAUUUUAUAUAAGCAUAUUAUUAAGUAUUUUUAUGCUAUUUGAGUCAUUAGAGAUUUAUUUUCAUUUUCAGGUCUCUGCACUAGACCUCCUGGUCCCUGGAGUGGGAGAGCUCUGUGGAAGUAGCCUCAGGGAGGAGAGAGCUGAUGUACUGGGGGAAAUAAUGAAAAAACAGGGCAUACUGGAACAAUUAUCAUGGUAAUAGUCCUCUCUCUUUAUUUAAGGAAUGAUGAUGAAUAGGAGACACUGAUUUUAUGAACUAUAAGAAUAUAUUUUAAGCACUAUUGUUCAAAAUAGUUAUUGGAUGUGCUGCACUCAUGUUUAUCUAUCUUAAUUAGGUCUUUGAACAUUAGAUGUUAAAAAAAACGCUCAAAUAUUCACCAACAGAAAAUCAGCAGUAAUCAAAUUGAAUAGAAUUUAAUCAGCCCUUUCUUGCUCUUAUAAUUUCGAGGUACCAUGAACUUCGCCAGUAUGGAACAUGCCCCCAUGGUGGUUUUGGACUGGGAUUUGAAAGACUGUUGUUAGCUAUAUUGGGAGCAGAAAGCUUAAAAGAUGUCAUACCAUUCCCACGAUGGCCCAGAAAUUGUCUAACAUAAGCAUAUGUAUUAUGGAUAUUAUUUGAAUCUAAGAGAAUGUUGAAAAUGUAAUAUUUCUUGCUUUUAUUUUUUCUGUGACGUAAUGUAUGAAUGUAAUAUGUUAAAACUAUUAGCUAAUUUGCUGAUUAACUUGAGC